AUGGUCAGCCUGCAGAUGCCCCAGCUCCUGCCCCGGACGGUGAUCCUGGCGCUUAUUUUCCUUCCCCAGGCACGGCCGGCAGGCGUCUUCGAGCUGCAGAUCCACUCUUUCAGGCCGGGACCAGGCCCGGGGGCCCCGCGGUCCCCCUGCAGUGCGCAGGGCCCGUGCCGCCUCUUCUUUAGGGUCUGCCUGAAGCCGGGGGUCUCCGAGGAGGCCGCCGAGUCUCCGUGCGCCCUGGGCGCGGCGCUGAGUGCGCGCGGACCCGUCUACACCCAGCAGCCCGAAGCGCCCGCGCCUGACCUGCCUCUGCCCGACGGCUUCAUGCGCGUGCCCUUCCGGGAAGCCUGGCCGGGCACCUUUUCCCUCAUCAUCGAAACCUGGAGAGAGGAGUUAGAACAGAUUGGAGGACCCGCCUGGAGCCUGCUGGCGCGCGUGGCCGGUCGGCGCCGCCUGGCUGCGGGGAGCCCGUGGGCCCGGGAUGUGCAGCGCGCAGGCGCCUGGGAACUGCGCUUCUCCUACCGCGCGCGCUGCGAGCCUCCCGCCGUCGGGGCCGCAUGCGCGCGCUUCUGCAGCUCGCUCAGCGCCCCCUCGCGGUGCGGCUCGGGACUGCGCCCCUGCGCGCCGGUCGAGGACAAGUGCGAGGCCACGCCGGCGUGUCGAGAGGGCUGCAGUCCCGACCACGGCUUCUGUGAGCAGCCCAAUGAAUGUCGAUGCCUGGAGGGCUGGACUGGGCCCCUCUGCACCAUCCCUGUCGCCAGCAGCUGCCUCACUGCCAGGGGCCCAUCGGCUGCCACCCCUGGAUGCCUUGUACCCAGGCCUGGGCCCUGUGACGGGAACCCGUGUGCCAACGGGGGCAGCUGUAACGAGACCCCGGGAUCCUUCGAAUGCGCCUGUCCCCGCGGGUUCUACGGACUGCGGUGCGAGGUGAGCGGGGUGACAUGUGCGGAUGGACCCUGCUUCAAUGGCGGCUUAUGUGUGGGAGGCGCGGACCCUGACUCUGCCUACAUCUGCCACUGCCCGCCUGGGUUCCAAGGCUCCAACUGUGAGAAGAGAGUAGACCGGUGCAGCCUGAAACCAUGCCGGAAUGGCGGGCUCUGCCUGGACCUGGGCCACGCCCUGCGCUGCCGCUGCCGCGCCGGCUUCGCGGGGCCGCGCUGCGAGCACGACCUGGAUGACUGCGCCGGCCGCGCCUGCGCCAACGGCGGCACGUGCCUGGAGGGCGGCGGCGCGCGCCGCUGCUCCUGCGCGCUGGGCUUCGGCGGCCGCGACUGCCGCGAGCGCGCCGACCCGUGCGCCGCGCGCCCCUGCGCCCACGGCGGCCGCUGCUACGCCCACUUCUCCGGCCUCGUCUGCGCCUGCGCGCCCGGCUACAUGGGCCCGCGCUGCGAGUUCCGGGUUCACCCCGACGGCGCGGACGACAGCGCAGGUGCGUUGCCCGCGGGGCUGCCGGGCCUGAGGCAGGGGGACCCGCAGCGCUUCCUUUUGCCUCCGGCUUUGGGACUGCUGGUGGCGGCCGCCUUGGCUGGCGUUGCGCUCUUGCUGGUCCACGUGCGGCGCCGUGGCCCUGGCCAGGAUACUGGGUCUCGCCUGCUGGCAGGGACCCCGGAGCCAUCGGUGCACGCGCUUCCUGAUGCACUCAACAACAGGAGAGCGCAGGAGGGUUCGGAGGAUGGGCUCAGCCAGCCAGCGGAUUGGAAUCACCCUGAAGAUGGAGACUCUCGUGCGAUUUACGUCAUAUCUGCUCCUUCCAUCUAUGCCCGGGAGGCCUGACCUGUCCCUGUUCCAUCAGCGCCUGGAGACAGAACCUGGAUAUUUUUGUAUUUACUUGGUGGUGUCCAAUCUCUGCCUCAGACACUUUGGAGCUGGAGGGGGGCGCUGCAAGGAUUUUGCCUUUGGGAGUUGUACAUAAUGGUUAUUUAAAUCUUAUCCCCUUCCCCCCAUCUCUCCAGAGACCUCUAUAAAAAGGCUCUCAUUGUGAUCAGCUUUGACUCAGUGGGCUAAGUGCUUUGUACUUAGUGUUGGGACUGAGGGGAGAGUUAUUGUCCCCUGAGAAGAAUAAUAGGACUCUGUUGGAGGGAUCAGAAACAACUCAAAGUGGCUUAAAUAAGAAGAAUUUAUUAGUUCAUAAAAUGAGACAUCUUGUGGUAGGUGUACCUUCAGCAGGGUUGGAUUCGGGGACCAGGUGCCCGAAUGUUGUCAGUGUGCCAGUAUGUUUUCAUCCAGUUGUGUCUGGGAAUGACUUCAUUUAUAAGCGGAGCUUUCAUUGGCUCCAGCUUGUCACAUGGCCUUGCCUGGAGGAGGGGCCAGGCUGAAUGGCUUAUUCUGAUUGGCUAGUCUCGGCUAUUUGUCUCGUGUGUGGCGGGAAGUAAGGUCAGUCAGCCGGUACAAAUCAAGUGGAGUGCAUGGGUAAAGCAGUGUCCUACCCUCUACCCUAAAUCCGGGUUUGUUACUAGACCUGAGUAUCGUAGCGGGCCGGCAAACCAACUGUUACAGAACACAAACUCAAUAAAUUUGAAGAGUUAA